ACGUCACUUUCAUUUCACCACCUCCGCCAUCCAGGCAAAAAGUAUGUGGUAGAUGGUGAUUCCUGCGCGCCGACGACUGUGCACAGUACUUUCUAGAAAGCAUUUUUGCAUCCUUUUCCCUCGGAUUGCAUUGCUUAGGACGCUGGAUAUGUGUGAGCACAACUAUGAUAGACCGUUUCCUCCCUUCAGAAGACAUUCGCUGAAGUAGGGUUCUGCGUAAAGUGGAUUAACCGCUCUCUUUCCUUAUGAAGAAGGCAAAAAUUUGGAUAACUGCUUGUGUUCAUUUGUUGUUCUACAGCACGUUUUUUACCUCUUCAGGUGGAAUCGAAAAUAUCGUAACAGAUGACGUCAAUAUAAUCUCUCUGUUGAAACAGAACAUUCCAAAAGAUUACAAGAUUGCCAUACGUCACAUCCCUAAAAAAACGGGGGGCUCGUGUUGGGUUCAUCUUAAUGUUUUUCAUUUGGAAGAAAGCUUAAAUGCUCUUGCAAAAAAAUUUGGAAAUGUUUCCACCAACAAGGAUAAUAUUAACAUCUUUAUUGAAAAGAUGCGAGAUGUGCGGGUUAAGAUUGAUGACCUGGAGCUGAUGAUGCAAGUUUUUGAAUGCCAUUACACAGAAGAAAAAUUGCAGACAGGGGAUUAUUUUGACUACAUUUAUGACCUAUUAAAAUCAGAACCUUCCUUAAAUGGAAAUGAGAAAUGUCUCCCCCCUUCGUGCCCCACGUCAGCAACUUCAUUCACCACAGCAGUGUCACCCAGUAAAACCCCAAGGAUGGCAGACUGUAAUACUUCCUUGCCCGACUGCAGUACAUAUGAAGCAGUAAAGUACCUGCCUGAAGUGGUUGGGAAAAGCCUCAUAUCCUUGCUUCUCAUCCUGAUGGUCGGAGUUGUGUUCUUGUUAUACUGGAAGAUAAAACGUGGCAGAAGACAGCAAUCUCCAGAGACCAAUAUUGAGCUCUUCACUGGAACAGAAGGGGUCCCUCCACCAACAGACAUGGAAAGAUCAGAGGAAAAGAGUCAGCUGAACACCAUCGAAAUUGUGUAACUUUUUCCCUUCUUUUCAAAAAAUAGGGGACUGUACUAAAGAUCCCUUUGGGGGAAUAAGUCUUAACGCAAGCAUUCACUGUGGCUUCAAAACAACUCUCCAGCUUUGGCAUGGAUUAGGAGGACAGUUCAUUGAAGUUUGAUUCGUGUGUCUCGCAAGUGUUACUGAACCCCAAAUGGAGACGCAGAGCUGCCACUCAUGAACAUGAACGAAAGCAUGGAUGUUUCCUUCUAGCCACCGGCAGACUUUUGGCCAAAAAAAUCACUCAAACUGAGUCAGAGAUAGCAAUCUCGCUAAGAAUCUUUGAAGAAUUAUUCGAGGAGGGCAGUCUUGGAAGAAUUGCGUCAGACAAGGAGAUGCCAAUUUGAGGAGAGGAUUUACACCAAGGAGUUUGCACCAAAAGUCAAAGAUUUCCUAAGGGUCAUCACAUAUAUCAGAGAAAAAUGCUAAAAGUGAGGAUUGCAGCCGAGUCAGCACUCUGGAAGGAUCUGGAGGAGCUUGUCAUGGGACAGUCAAGUUCAAGUUUUUGGUCUGUGAUUAUAACAACUUGCAAGGGUUUACAUGGUUUUGGAUCUUAGUUCUUGGAGAAUGCAGUGAACUAAAUGGUCAGUAACGGCUUCAUUUUAUGGAAUAUAUAAUAGUUGCUAUUGACUACCUCCACUGAUCUUUCAUUUUUUUUCUGACCAUAUAACACAAACACAAUAAUAUUCUUACAAGGGGGUUUAUCAUAGGCAAUUCUGAAGUACAGUUUUGAUGCAGUCUCAGGAAAAGUCACCCUGCAAUGUAAAAUAUUGUCUAAUCCCUACCAUAUUUUCCUUCUGACGUUUUAUACCCUUCUGUAGCUUCUGUAUUUAUUUCUCCGAAUGAAAAUAUGCUUUGUUACUGUAAACCUGCCAUAUUACAGAAAGUUUUUAAUUUUUCUGAACAUCAGACCAGGUAAAAUCACAAAAAAUCUGUUUUUAAUGUGAUGUACAGUAUAAUUAAGCCCAAAGCCCACAUCUCUUAAUGAAUCUAAGAAAUCUGUUAUUUGAUAUAUAACUUUUGUAUUUGCAUGAACUUGCAAAAACCCCAGUUUGGAUGCAAAUAUGCAUUCAGCACACAUAUUCAAUUCCAGAAAGUCACGAAUAAAAGAGUUUUAAUUAUUUAAAAUUACACCAGCUUUUCAACUGAGGUCUGUGUUUGCUCUGUAUAACAUACCGAGUUGACAGUCUGUGCACAGUGAAUGUAUUGAAAGAACAGAAGUAAGAUGUUCUUAAUUUCACUGUUUGACUAUGGAAAAAGUUUAACCUUGUAGCAAUUCCAUUAAUUUCACCUGGUUUUUGGUUGUGUUGUCACAGUUCUGCAUUGCAUGUAGAGCAUGAAAAACUGUUUCACACAUACAUGUACACUGGAACCAUUGUUCUGAUCCACACUGCAGCAUCACCUGAUUGUCAUUAGGUCAUCCUGCGAUCCUACAUUAGCAAAAAUGACAUGAAUAAUUUUUAAAAAUACCUGUACCAAAAUCUGUACCAUCUGCCGUCUAAAUCUAUACUUGUGUUUUGCCAGUUUCCCAAGUUAUAUGUAAGAUAUCUAGAAAAAUUAACGUUUCCGGAAAAUCCGAUUACAUGCUGGUCUGAAUUUUGCAGCUGAAAGUGAAAACAGGGAGUGACAAACACAUUAAACUGUUUGACUCUGAACUGAGUAACAUGAAUCACGCAGGAGGAGGCAAUACUGAGAGGUCGUAAGAAGCUUUUUCAGAGAUCAACAGUGCAGCAACUCCCUCAGUAGUUGUAUCAAAUUCGAAGCAUUCUUAAAAUGUUGCUGUAAGACCUCUGAAAAUAUUCCUGUAAGCUGCCGAAUCCCUUUGUUUUUGGCCACGUUUUGCUUGGCUGAUGAAUUCGACAUCGAUUUGCUUGGGUGGUAAAACUCAUCAGAAACCCAUCCGUUAUGCGCAACAUUUUCUUAUUCGGCUUGGAAUAAUCACCCUAAACCAUGUGCAUCUUUUUGUCACAUGAUGCUGAGGUGUAAAGAAGGCAACGAAAAUAAUAUACUGUUUGGGAAACAAACUGGACUGAACACCCCAUAGCGUCCAGCGGAUGGUGUUACAGCCCUGCCAAGUGAAUCCACUGAUUCUGUGCCUUAUAAAUGCUUUUCAUUACAUUAUGACAUGGGGUCACUUUACAGGCCAUGUCUUUACAUCGUUGAGGUUGAGAAAAAGCUGUUUGGCUGCAGGUGCCUCAGCCAUCCUGUGACCCAUUACCUACUGCAGAAGGAAGUUGUAGAAGAGUAUGGAUUGCACUAAGAUAUGUGGGCUGGAAUGUGCUGCAUGUAGCCGGCGGCUCCCAGCUAGCAGUGAAGGAUUCCUCAAAGGCAUGCCACUGUAGAUGCACCGACAUGUGAAGAGAGAUUCACCCUCGGAAGGUUCAGCUCCUGAUUCAUGGAAGCAUUUGCACUCCGCCUAAUUUUGUUUGGUCUCUGGCUAAAUCUAAUGACAUGAAUGGCUCUUUUGUACUGAGACCCUGCUUUGAAUUGACUGCUUAUGGGCGUGACUCAAUUUGCGGCUGGUUCAACUUUGAAGUCUCAAAAACAGAAAUGACAGUGGCAUCUCGGACAAGAUGAUUGGACGUUUUUGUGAUUUCGAAAACAUUCUGUAAGUCGCACGUGGGAUCUGUAUCAGUAAACUGUAUUUCACAGUGUUGAGUGCUGAUGUGGAAGGUGAAACAUUCAACACUACCAGUAUUUACCUACAAAUAUCUGCAUAUAUCCAUCAAUUAUCAUUGUUUCACAUUUUUGUCACUUGGGCUUCUUGAAUGCGUAGACUGAGCGUAUGUGUGUGUGUGUGUGUGUGUCUGUGUGUGUGGGACAGAGAGAGAGGUAGACAGAUUAUUAAAAGGACUUCAGUAAAAUUUCUUUUUUGUGACUGUGUAAAUAAAGCUGCUGCAAGUUCAGCCUAAACAGACUCUUGGUGUCCCAUGAUAUGGCCCUAAAACAAAAUUAUGUGCAUAAUGUGCAAAUACAAACAAUGUUUAACUAUUAGAAGAACCAUAUUACUGCCUAUAUUAACUGUAAGUCUGUUUCAGAUUGUACAGGACGUCAUUAUCUCAAUCUCUUUCAAUACUGUUCUUGUCAUUUAAA